CCUCCAUUUUAUCAUCUGUACUUGUAUGAGCUAAGCAAGGGGAGACGAAAGUAAAAGCUGUAGAAGAAAAAUGUCUGGAGCAAUUUCAAAUAUCACCAUUUCUUUCCCUUUACACUCUUCAAACCCACGCAGAAAUCCUUGCCACUUCCCCUUUACAAACAACCGAAUCUUCAAAUGUAAGAACUGCAUCGGAGCCAUGGCAGCACAAAACAGAGGCAACCUCGACCACUUGCAAAGAGCUACUACCAGACCCGACAAGAAAAGAGUUGACCCGCUUGCACCGACAGGGUCAUGGGACAGGUUCCCAACAGAGAGAACAAUGCAACAGAUGAUGGAAACAAUGGAGAGGAUAAUGGAAGACCCAUUUGCAUACUCGACGCCGUUGCCGUCCUCACCCGAGGACAGCAGAGGAAGGAGGACGCCAUGGGAGAUCAAGGAAAGAGAAGGGGAGUAUAAGGUGAGAUUUGAUGUGCCCGGGAUGAACAAAGACGAUGUCAAGGUUUGGGUUGAAGAAAACACUUUGGUUUUCAAGGCGGAGAAAGUAGUUGGUAAAGAGAAGAUUAAUGGGGACGAAGACGAAGACGAAGACGAAGAAUGGGAUGCUAAGAGCUUCGGAAGAUAUGGUAGCAGAGUUAUACUGCCUGAAAAUGUUGAAUUUGAGAAGAUUAAAGCCCAAGUGAAAGACGGGGUUUUGUAUAUUACGGUUCCAAAGGCAAGUCGUGAUGGUAGGAUCUUGAACAUAAAUGUUAAUUGACAAUUUUGAACAUUCGUUGUAAUUAUGCUAUUAUUAUA